UUUCUUUAUCACUGAAUUCCGGAGCAAGUUGCCGCCAUCAAUCCAUACACUAGAAUUGGUUGUCUUCUCCGCCGAUUCACUCCUUUGUUUCAACUUCUCCCCACGGUACUGCUUUUCCAUCGACCUUUCCGAUAUGUUAUCUUGGCUUCAAAGCAAAUUUCUGUUAUUCCUUUUUCUUUCUAAGAAAAACAAAAUGGGAAAACCCGGGAAGAAAAUGCAACCUAAUGGAAUAUAUAAAAUUAUAAAUACGCUUAAAAUGGGAACCUGAGCUUGUAGAUAGUAGUGCGCCUUUACUUCAACAAAUUUCUUGCUUUGCGAAAAGUCGAGAAAUCUGUUUCAAUUCAAAAUGGCUAACAUCUGGUACAAGGUAGGGUUUAUCUUGCUGAGCUUUGCAGUCCUAGUGGCUCACUCUGCUCCAGAAAAUGCCCUCGUCACUCAGCUUCCCGGCUUCUCUGGCUCUUUCCCUUCCAAGCACUACUCCGGGUAUGUGACGAUCAAUGAAGAGACAGGGAAGAAAUUGUUCUACUAUUUGGUCGAAUCGGAAGGGAACCCGACCAAGGAUCCUCUGGUUCUCUGGCUUAAUGGUGGCCCUGGAUGCUCUAGCUUCGAUGGAUUUGUGUAUGAACAUGGUCCUUUCAAUUUCGAGAAGACAAAGCAAGGUCUACCCAAGUUGCAUCUGAACCCAUAUAGUUGGUCCAAGGUUUCAAGUGUUCUAUACGUAGACUCUCCAGCUGGUGUUGGUCUUUCUUAUGCCGACGACAUAUCAGAAUACGUAACUGGUGAUCUAAAAACUGCAACCGAUUCCCAUGACUUCGUCUUGAAGAUCAUUACUUUGUUGUGUGCUUAUGGUAUCGAAAAUGUGCUAAUUCCUGCAAUUCAGUGGUUUGAGCUAUACCCGGAAUUCCUUUCAAACCCUUUUUUCAUUGCUGGAGAGUCAUAUGCUGGAGUUUACGUCCCAACUCUUGCCAAUGAAGUUGCCAAAGGAAUUGAUGCUGGUGUGAAGCCUGUCAUCAAUCUGAAGGGUUAUAUGGUAGGAAAUGGAGUCACUGACGAAGCAUUUGAUGGCAAUGCUCUUGUUCCGUUUGCCCAUGGGAUGGGCCUUAUCUCAGAUGACCUGUAUCAGGAGACGAACCGUGAGUGCAAUGGAAAUUUCUAUAAUCCACUCGAGAGAGCUUGUGAGGAGAAACUGCAAGAAGUUGAUAGGCAAGUUAAAGGUCUAAACAUAUACGACAUCCUAGAACCAUGCUAUCAUGACAGCGCUGCUAAAGAUGCAGCAGAUAACAAAAUCAGACUGCCAUCCAGUUUCUUGGAAUUAGGUGCAACAGAACGACCUCUUCCUGUCCGGACAAGGAUGUUUGGUCGUGCUUGGCCAUUUCGAGCUAACGUAAGAGAAGGAAUCGUUCCAACUUGGCCAGAGCUCCUUAGCAGCCUUACCGUUCCUUGCACUGGUUUCCCAUGUAAGGAUGAUGAAGUUGCUACCGAAUGGCUCAACAAUGAAGCAGUUAGGGAAGCAAUCAAUGCUAAACCAAAAAACGUAGCUGGGGAUUGGGAGCUGUGUACUGGUAGAAUCAAAUUCCACCAUGACGCUGGCAGCAUGAUGAAGUACCACAGGAACCUGACUUUGAAAGGCUAUAGGGCACUCAUUUUCAGUGGGGAUCAUGACAUGUGUGUUCCGUUCACUGGGAGUGAAGCAUGGACGAGAGCAAUGGGAUACAAGAUCGUCGACAAAUGGAGACCUUGGAUUUCAAAUGGAGAAGUUGCUGGGUACACUCAAGGGUAUGAGAACAACCUCACCUUCUUAACCAUCAAGGGCGCUGGUCAUACUGUUCCAGAAUACAAACCAAAAGAAGCACUUAACUUCUACAGCCGGUUUCUUGCUGGAAAAGCAAUAUGAUAAAAGAAAGAUCCGUAGAAAGUAGAAACGCUUCCACGUAUGUGUUGUUUAUAGGGGGCUUAAAUGUGGAUGUGUGGGGGACAGGGGGAGUGCAAUAGAAGCCAGUCAGUUUGCUGCUUCUUAUUCUUUGUCCUCUUUAUUUAAGUAUAACUGGUAAUAAUAAGAAGGUUUAAUAGUAUAAUUUAUCCAUUUACUAUAUUUUUUCAAACUUG